AAUGGGCCGGGUGCAGUUGCGGACAUCAGUUUCAACUCCAGAGCUGCACCCAUGGAGAAUAUGUUCGACGUGGUGAACCUUAGGAAGAAGGGCAUGGCAAAGGUGGGAGAGUGGUCCGAAGAGGAGGGUCUGACUCUUGAUGAGCAUGUUGUGUUCAUGGGAGGGACGACAAAGGUUCCGGUCGACAGCUCUUACGACCUGAACAACAAAACACUCAUGGUCACUACUAUACUGGAGCGACCUUUCAUCAUGAUAAGAAGCGACCCCGAACUUAAAGGAAACGACAGGUUUGAAGGCAUGUGUAUCGAUCUCCUCAACGAGCUCCAGAAGUCUCUCAACUUCCAAUACAAAAUCUAUCUGGUGCCGGAUGGGAAAUUUGGUUCGCAAGAUCCCAUCACGGGCGAGUGGAACGGUCUCGUGCGAGAACUACUUGAUGCGAAAGCUGACCUUGCUGCAGCAACCCUGACCAUCAGCUACGAGCGUCUCCAAGUCAUAUCCUUCACCCAACCCUACCUGGACCUCGGCAUGUCCAUACUGAUGAGAAGUCAGGACCCCAAGAAGAAUCUCUUCGCCUUUCUGGACCCUUUUAGCCCAGACCUGUGGAUAGCCUUUGUAUUGUCAAUGAUCGUUGUGUCCUUUGGGGUCUGGUUUUGCAGCACUUUCAGUCCCUACGGACAUUACGGCGCGUAUGCUCAAAGGACCGACCCACAGGAUACGUCCCAGGAGGAACUGAGUAACAACCUCAAUCUGUGGAACUCCUUUUGGUUCGCCUUCUCCUCCUGGAUGCAACAGACGGAGGUCGCGCCACGCUCCGUGUCGGGGCGUAUUGUAGGAGGGUUGUGGUGGAUGGCGGUCACUGUCAUCAUUGCCACCUACACGGCUAACCUGGCGGCCUUCCUCACUGUAGCACGCAUGAGCAGUGGUAUAAAUUCAGUUGAAGAUCUGGCCAAUCAGAAGAAAAUACCAUAUGGAACGGUGAGCAACAGCCAACCAGAAUCCUUCUUCGAAUUUUCCAAGAUCGAACACUUCGCGCGGAUGUACGACUUCAUGACGUCACGGAACACCUUUGUGGAGACGUCCGAAGAGGGGAUCCAAAGGGUUCACGACCCGAACGACGACUAUGCCUUUAUUUGGGACUCGGCUGUUCUGGACUAUGAGGCCGAGCAGGAGCCGUGUGAGAUUAUGACAGUAGGAAGACUGUUCGGGAAGAUAGGGUACGGGUUCGGCCUCCCCAUGCAGUCUCUCUACACGGAGAGGUUCUCACUGGAAAUCAUGAAACUGAGGAAGUCGGGGGAGAUCGACAAACUGAAACGGAAAUGGUACGAUGGGCCAUGCAAGCAUCAGAUUUCUGGAGCCGUGACUACCGCUGCUGGGAACACGCUAGACUUCAAGUCCAUGGCGGGCGUGUUCUACUGCCUGUUCGGGGGAGUGAUGUUCGGGUGUCUGGUCGUCCUUAUAGAGUGGUGCGUUGCAGCACACAAAGAAGUUCAUCCUCACAAACCAGAGAGACCACGCUCCUUCUGCGAAGCUCUGCGAACCAGGAUGGGUCGGAUGUCUCAAGACAUACGCGAGAACUGGUAUCCAUGGAAGUACUGUUGUCGCAGAAAGGAUCGCACGGAAACGAUCAUUUACGACAAGCCGGCCAUACAAAAGGAGAUCACUCUCAGCAGCCUUCUCAGUAACGGUACUCUUAAUAGAACCUCCGGAAUAGUAAGAACAGAGGACCCUUGCAUCGACCUAUACCAGCAGCAAAACAUCAGGCCAUCGCUACGCAGGUCGAGAGCGACCUACGAGAGUUCAAUAGAGGAGCCUCCUGAACAAGUAACAACCGACUCUUGUGAAAAGGACGACGUCUUCUGAACAUUGUUCGUCGUCCAAAUUCUUCGUACGAAUUGGUCAUCGGAA